UAACACACUAGCCUUUCAGAGCCGUCUAAAUAAUAAAAGUCCAAGGGAAUCCCCAAACUGGAAUAUCCCUAGUAAACAAACAUGGCGGCGACGUAACAGAACUCUGACAACACAUGACAGACACAAUGAUUUAACAGGGCGUCCUUGAUAUCAGUAAGUAACUUUGUUCUUCAAUGGAUGAGGUUCACGUGGAUGAUCCACACUCCAUAUUAGGAGCAGAAGCAGAUGAAAUGACAGAUCUUCAACCGGCAGUCAACCAGAUUAGAGAAAAUAUGUUGACCAGAUUGUCUCAGACAGAAGCUCAUUUUAAGCACCAGCAACGAGGUGAGGCAGACCUGUCCUGUGAAGACAAGAAGGAGAUUGCAAUCAGUAUUCUAGAAAAAAGUCCUUCGUUGUUCUUAGCACGGUUUGGUGCUUACCUUGGAGCAGAUGAUCUGGAAUAUUUCCGAGACAAGUCUGAUGAUUAUGAAAUACAGUUCUACUUGAAACAGAUAAAGAAAGAGAGGAGUACAACUUAUUCUGCUAAUAGGGUUAAGAAUCGUCGCUAUAAAGCUAUGAAGCAGCUGAUUGAGAGAGGAGAGUAUUUUAGUGAAGAUUCCAUGAAGCAUCGUGACCCCUACCUGUAUGAGCAGCUGAUUGGUCAAUAUUUAACAGAUGAAGAAGUUCAAGGUCAGGUCGACAAGUCUGACCUCCGUUUCUCAACCAUUCUUCUCAAACAUAUGGAUCAACUUGAGGAGAAUGAGGUGUUCAAAUUACAGAAGGACACCGAGGACUCUCAGUUUGAAGAAGAAGAUGAAGAUAGCGAUGAAGAGGAAGAAAUGGAAAAAGAAGAAGAGGAGAUUUCAGAUGAGAAGAAAUUAGAAUUGAGAGAGGAAAUGUACAGAAUUAUGCAGGAGAGAUUUCUAUCAGGGCAGGAACAUCAGUUUGACUACAGUGAAGUGGAUAAUAAUACAGACUAUGAUGACCUAGAUCUUUUGGACAAAGAUGAAGAAGAGAGAUACUUUGAUUCUGAAGAACCUGAGGAAAUUUCUGUUCCUGAAAUCACAGAUCUUGCCAACACAAUGAUAAUAGACAGUAAUGAUGAUCACAUAAACAGCAAAGACGGUGUAGACAUUGAUGGAGCAGUGACUAGCAUGUCCGGUUCAGGGACACAAACAGUGAAAACAAACUUAAGGGAUAAUUCCCUGGAAGAAAAUGUCACAUAAAUAUACUUGUAAUACACUUUA